CGAACGUUGCCGCAUUCAUCGUAAGUUACUAGCUGUUAGACAAAAAGUCAAAUUACAGAUACGAAUUCAUUAUAAAAAGAAAGUAGAAAUUAUUGCACUGUCUCCUAUAGUUUCAUUUCUGAUCUGAUGUGAGUUAAUCAUCGUUAUCAUGCUACCGCUAAUUCUCUUGGUAGUUGGCGUUCUAACGCAGCAGACAUUCGCUGAAAAACUCGUUGCGGCAGUUGUUGGUCAGUUUGCCGCACCAGGUGAAUUCCCGCAUCACGUUUCCCUGAGGUUGGCGAACCGUCACAUUUGCAGCGGCUCCAUCAUCGCCCCGACCAAGAUCCUAACUGCUGCCCGCUGCGUGGACAGCAUCAUAUAUUAUCUACCCUACGGCAAUUUUACUGUUGCGACUGACACCAUUAGUAGACCAAAUAAAGGCGAGAGACACGAGGUAGAGAACAUUCGUGUGCAUCCAGGAUACGCGGGCCUGCAGGUGACAGAUUUGAGGAAUGACAUUGCAGUGAUCACGCUCAAAAAGUCGAUUCAAUUCAACGCAUACCAAAGUCCAAUCGGCUUGACCACCGUUAAACCUAGUCGCGGACAGAGAUGUAUCUUAUCUGGAUGGAGUAACGGACCGUUCGGACCGCUCACGCCUCUUCUGAAGUUGGAGCAGGUCGUGAUCACGCAGAGCCAAUGCCGACGUCACUACGAUACGCCUUUGACCAAAGGCCACUUGUGCACAAUCAAUCGCUAUGGAAUUGCCGGUUGCAGAGAUGACAGCGGUGGCCCGCUCAUCUGCAACGGUCAACUGGCCGGUAUUGUUUCCUGGGGUGCUCCUGAUUGCAGUAAGCGUCGGCCUGAUGUCUUCACUGAUACCUACUACUAUCGCGCUUUUAUCCUUUCAGAUUAAAAAGACGCGUAUAAAGACAAUUUAUGAGGCA